AUGUCUGCUGGAGUAUAUACGACUCCUCGAGAGCGGAUGUUUAUAGCUAAGAUGGAGCUGUUAAAAGCUGAACAAGAAGAGAGGGCGAAAUACAAGUUGGCUAAGAGAGAAAGUAGGAGAGUGAACAACGCUAAGGCUGAAGAACCUGUGGCUUCAUCUUCGCGUUCUGUCUCACAUAAUCGACCUUCAUCAAUCUUGCGUAAAUCUUCUACUCUCCCACCUCCAUCAUCAUAUCAGCCGCCUGCGCCUUCUUCACCGCAAUUCACCCAGAAAGUCAACGUCCCAUCCUCCUCCGCCCCGUCCCUGCCGCUUCCACCCGCACCAAUGAUCUCCCAGAAUACGGAUUUCGGCCCUCCCAUUCAACUUCCUUCUCCCGCUACUGCCAGCACUAACGGCGUAAGAAGACGAAGUAGCCGAGUCCGAUUCUCCGAUCAACAACUCCAACCUACCCCAAAUCUCAGUCAGACAUCAAUCGUCUCCCGAUCUACCUCGUUGAAAAAUCUGAGGAGGGAAUCGUCAAUUGACGGUCUACGUCAAGAUCUCAUGCAAGCUUCGAGUUCACUUCAUGGACACCGUAGACCUUCGGUGAAUAGUACUGGUAGGAGUAACUCGCUUGGUGGCAAGAGAUCUUCAAUGGCAUCUAUUAGUUCUUCGAUCAAUUCCGAUCCGUUUAAUUGGACAACGUCAUCUUUUGGUUCUGGUUCUGGUUCUGGUCCUGGUUCGGAUCUGGAUAUCACCUCUGAAAUUGAUAUUGGAUCUAGAAAACAGAGUUUAGCAAAUACCUUUGAUGUUGAUUUGAAUCUUGAUCUUGAUCAGCUGGAAGAUGAGUUUGAGCUAGAGAUGAGGGAUGAAUUAGGAUUCAAACCUCAGAUAUUACCUUAUCCGAAAAUAUCCAAAAGAUUAUCAAGGUUGAGUUUAGAAUCGACAAACUCAAGUGUUUGGUCAAAUCAGGAUCAUAUGACUAAUCUCAGUAGGAUCAAAACCACAGAUACAGAUUCGAUCCAUUCUGUGGAUUCCCAAUCGGUCAAUACCCAUUCUACUUUGAAGGACACUUUGGAAAGAUCAUCAUUAGGUUCAGCUGGGUCUGUGGGUGGACAAUCGAGACAAUCAAGUCAAUUUUCGUUAGAAGCUAGGAUUAUCGGCUCUGGUGCAGAAUCGAGAAAAUCAAGUUAUGCACCUUCUUCAUCGAUGGUAGAGAAUGGUUAUACCAGUACCCCUUCUUCGUUAAGAUCAUCAACUUCUGAGAAUGAACAAUCGUCCCAAACGAACACGUCGAUAUGUUUCCAGCUUCCCUCUAAAGCCAGUGCUCUAGCGUAUUCAACUUUGUUGCCUACCCGAAGAAAGCAAAGCGGAGCGAUAGAUGAACAUAUGCCACACAUAAAUAGAGGUGAAUGGCAAGAUCCAGAACUUGGUCUUUCACCUCGAUCCGGUCCUAUAAGGGUAUCAGGUAGCAUGUCAACCGUGUCGAGGAGAGGUACCAAGUUGGCUGAGGAGAUAUUGAUACCACCGGAGGUGGAGCAUCAAGAAGCAGAGGAUCUUGGUGCCAAGGUAGAAGAUAAAUAUGACGAAGGGAUCAUCGCGAAGACAUCAAACCCAGAACAAUUAGAUCGUGCCGAAUAUCCAAAUGAGAAGAGUGAUGUGAUGUUUACACAAUAUAAAGGUCAUAUUCGAUCGGAAUCUACUUUUAGCGCUAUAAUGGCUUUCCCCAUCCCACCCGAUAGGAAAGUAGAGAAUGUGUCUGUUCAAGAUGAUACUGGAACUGAACAGGAGAUUGUACCUCAAGUGGAAACUUCAGUAGAAGAGAAAGUGAUUGAAUUGACAUUGAACACAGAAGUCACCGUUCCUGCUGCUGUCCAAUCUGCUGAGUGGCAAGGUGAUGCCAACGAGCCAUUGGUGAUCUCCCUCAAUUCACCUUUUGUCGAAAUUCCAAGCACCAACAUCGCUACUUUACCUUCAAUAUUACAAAUCGAUAUCCCGCAUGUUGACGUUGAACAGCCUACUAUGACGCCCCUGCCCCAAGCUUGUCCAUCCAGUCCUGAACUUGAGGAUAUCCUAAGAACAGUCACUCGACCCAGACGAGCGAGGAGAUCUGUCAGAGCAGAUGACAUCAAUGAGACUGACACUGAGGAGAGUGAUCUUGAUAUCGCCUCUCCACUUGUCAAAGUCGCUCUCAGCUCUCGUAUUCUCUCACCUAAAUCACGUCUUCUCUCUGCGUCAUCCUCAUCUUCACCUAUAUCUAGACCAGGGUCAAUGCGCUCAGUCAGCGCGAAUAGCAUCAGUACCCUAUCCUCACUUCGAAGUGGACUAGGUCUUACUUCGGGAAGGGGCUGGAGUGGGAGUGAAUCAGAGGAAGAAGAUUGGAUCACUACCGUGCGGGAGAUAAGGGAACGUAAAUCCCCUGUUACACCUCGGAAAAAGGAGGUUAGAAGGAAAUCUGAAGGAUCGACAAUUCAAUUGGGACAUGAAAUGGUCACGCCGACUCAGAUCAAAAGAUUAUCUACAAUUUCAACUAUAUCGUCAAAGUCAAAUUCAAAUUCAAAUAACAAGAGUAUGAAUAGGUAUUCCCAAUUAUCUGAAAUUUCGACCAUCACCACCACCACCACCACAUCAUCAACUUCCGAAUCACAUUUACCUAUCACACCAUUAUCUUUGGAGAUGUUGACUCCUGGUACAGUCGGAUUGACACGAACCAGUUCCAAUGCAUCGUCCACUUCGUCAAGCAAUAAUAACAAAAUUGGUAAUUUCCCUUGGGGAUUAUCUUCCCCUCCCGAUUCGCCUAUCAGAGGAUUGUUCGUCAAUAAUCUAUCGCCCACGAGGGAAUUCUUCACUUCGUUUAGAGAUACUUCCAGAGGAAAGAAGGGCAAGAGGGAAUUACCCAUACCUGCCAGAGAAGAUAUGUUGGAAGAUUGGGGUGAACCUGAGAUACUUAUUGAUCAACAUGAUGAAUUAUCAGAGUCUGAUACAGAAGAGAGAUCACUCAGGGGAUCGAUAUCUACGAUGAGCCUUAAGAGUGAUAUCAGUAUUUUAGCAGAGAGGUACAGUGGUAUAGAAAGUAGAAGAUCAACUAUCAAGUUAAAUUCGCGUCAGAAAGAGGAGAAAAGAUCGGCAAGUCCAGAUUUGUGGAUGGAGGAGGAGGGAGAAAAGAGUUUGAUGGAUGAGGAGAUGCCUGAGAUGUAA